AUGCGCGUCCCGUAUAAUUCACCGUUGUUACGCGAAGAUUUGAAUGGCAAACUCCUGCAGUUCAUAAACUGUCGAUCAUUUUAUGGCAAGGAAAUAACAAACGAUGACGUUUGGGUGGAAAAUGGACGUAUUCUGGAUGGCUCGGUAGUUUUCUUUGAUCAGCGACGCUCUGCUGAUAUACAGGUGGAUUGUCAAGGAUACAUUUUAGCGCCUGGAUUUAUCGAUAUUCAAAUAAAUGGUAAGUGGUUAGAAAUGGUAUCACAGUUGAAUACCGUUGCAUUGGGUUUACUGCAGUAUGGUGUAACAGCUUUUUGCCCUACUAUAAUUACUUCUCAGCCAGCAGUCUAUCAUUCAGUAAUAUUUGAAAAUAUGUUUCGUGCGCAUAUUGAAGGACCAUUCAUCUCUAUACAGAAAAAAGGUGCACAUCCUGUUCAAAAUAUCAUCAGUGAUCUUGGGAAAAAUCCGGCAAAAAUGCUUCUUGACACCUAUGGUUCGGUAGAAAAUAUUGCAAUGUUUACUAUUGCUCCGGAACUACCGGGAUCGUUGGAAGCCAUAAAAUUUAUGUCUAAAAAAGGUGUAACUGUAUCGAUAGGACAUUCUAGCGGUCGACUAGUUGAUGGCGAAAAAGCUUUUCAUGCUGGUGCAACUGCAAUAACACAUUUGUUUAAUGCAAUGAAUUCUUAUCAUCAUCGCGAUCCUGGACUCUUUGGACUUCUAACUUCUGAAUCUCUGCCUAAAUCAUCCAAACUUUAUUAUGGAAUAAUAGCAGACGGUAUUCACACGCACGAUUCAGCGCUGCGUAUUGCUUAUCGGACACAUCCAGAAGGUUUAAUUUUAAUUACCGAUGCAAUAGCUGCUUUUGGUAUGGGAGACGGUGUUCAUCGGUUAGGCGAUCAGGUGAUAAACUGCAAAGGAUUAAAUGCUAUUGUGGCUGGCACUAAUACAACUGCAGGAAGUGUUGCAUCACUUGGAUUUUGUGUAAAACAUUUUACGGAAGCAGCCGGAUGUUCGCUUGAAGAAGCUUUGUUUUGUGCUACCACUAAGCCUGCAACACUGUUACGUAUCGAUAAAGAAAGAGGCAGCCUUGCAAUUGGUACAAUUGCUGAUCUGGUACUUAUUGAUGAUCAAGUAAAUGUUAAGGCAACUUAUCAGUCUUCAAAACUGGUUUAUUCUGCUAUCGUGUAA